CUUCAUUUUCGCAGAGCGGAGGGUGCGAACGAGGGCCUCUACAGGCUUGGAGACGAGACGACGGUCCUUCGAUGCCCGUAAGAUACGCAUACCUAACAUUGCUGUACCUCGCGCUGCCGAUGUACAUCCCCGGACUACAUCCAUUCGUGCUUACUGGCUCAUUUGGUCCUCUCAUCUCGACCCGCCUUGGUCGAAGGGUUUUGCUCCUUACUUACAACAGUACCGAGGUGACUCACUGCCCGCAUUCUCGCGGUAGGCGUUACCACAACACAGAGAGAGCCGGGAUAUAAGUAUGCUCUGGCUUGGGACUAGACUCUCGCACACACCGGCCGCCCAGACACCCAGGAGGAGACACAGAUUCAUCCUUCUUCUAAGCGCACAGCUUUUCCCAC